GCGUUUCAAUUCGGCUUAUCGCCCUCAACCUGGUCGGAACCGUUCCCGCUACUUUGUCGUCUACAAUGCCUCCGCCGCUUGAAUCUUCGAGCGAAGACGAAUCCGGCGGCGAAUCAAUCCCUUUUAAAGAUCCCACUCAAGGCACCCAAGAACCUGAUAGAAGCGCCGAUGAUAACGAAAGUGAAUCUGGGAGUGAGGGCGAAGGCGACGAUGUCUACGUCGUGGAGAAGAUUGUAAACCAUGAAUUCGGCAAAGGCGGAAAACUAUUAUUUCAGGUCAAAUGGAAAGGAUACGAUAAUCCCGAGGACUUGACGUUAGAGCCUGAAGAAAACCUGAGCGGUGCACCGGACGCUCUACAAGAAUACUUUACAAUAAUAGGCGGACGCCCAGAGAAACCGACGCGGAAACGGAAGUCGAUGGGAGGGGGCACGACACCUAAGGUGGCGACUAAGAAGGCCAAGAAGUCGCUUGCGUCUAUGAACGGAACUCCAGACAUUGUAGAAGGCGCCGAUUGGGUUCCAAAAUCAAACAACUGGGACAAGGAGGUCAGGUCGGUCGAAACUAUUAUUCGCGACGGCGACAAUUUAUACGUGCUUUUACACUGGAACAAUGAGAAGAAAGCAAAGGUGUCAUUAAAGCAAUGUUACGAGAAAUGCCCACAGAAGAUGUUGAAGUUCUACGAAAAUCAUCUUGUUUUCAGGGAUGAAUAGAGUUCGAACCACGCCAAUUGAACUUUAUACGGUGAUAUGUUUCCAUCCCGAGAUGUCUCACUUCAUAAGGAGUUUGAAUGAUGAAGCCGAAGCCAUCGGUUGUCGGGGCACUCAAGCCGUACCCCCGCGGUGUCGCCGCACCUAAAGCAGUUGUGAAGGCCGGAAUUUCCCUUGCGAUGUCAUAGGCCCCUGGCAAGAAGCUGACAGAAAGCUUGUGUUAUUGGCGUGAUUGAUUCGCUUCGUCGCUUUGUCGCUUCGAUCUUUCUCAUCUUCUUUUAAUCAGCUUGCAACCCGACUUCAGGAUGUUUAUUUCCUUUCUAAAUUUAAGGGUGAUAUUCGUUAUGGGAGAGCGUUAAACGAAGGUAAAAUCCUUCGUAUAUUUUUGUUUUGUAUCGUUUUACGCAGUCAUCGCCAAUGAUUUUGUAUUUAUAGUUGAGCCUUUUAAUCUGAGGCG